CCUCACCACGACCCCAACCCCCGCGUCUCCCUCCCUCGGCACGACCCCAACCCCCGCGUCUCCCUCCCUCGGCACGACCCCAACCCCCGCGUCUCCCACCCUCACCACGACCCCAACCCCCGCGUCUCCCUCGCUCGGCACGACCCCAACCCCCGCGUCUCCCUCGCUCGGCACGACCCCAACCCCCGCGUCUCCCUCGCUCGGCAUGGCUCUGCUCCGCCGGGCGGGCUGCUGGACCUGCGGCCUCGUGGCGAGCGGCGUGGGCCCGGGGUUCGCAUGCCCAGUGAGGAGGGCUGCUCCUGCCCUGGGCCCGUGGGCCCCGUUCGCGUCGCAAGCGGCGACCUCCCGCUACAGGACACGCCAGGCCCCGCAGGCCCAGGAUUCGGCAGGGGCAGCGGGCGGCACGCGACAACGCGCAGAGGGGGGAGGUGGAGAGGGGAGGCUCACGGCAGCGGAACUCCUGGAGAAGAUGAGGUCUCGGGGAGAUGCAAAGCCAGCUCGUGGCAGCCGGAGUCGCACCAAGCAUCAGGCUGCAGACCCCGAUGACCCCGUGAAGAGGCAGGCGCAGCACUUGAAGAAGCAGACGACCUUACUGCAGCACGUACAUCCCACGGUGCUGGCAAAAGCACUGCUCAAGAAUGUGAUCCACCAGCAGCGGGAGCUGAUCGUUGUCAACAAACCGUACGGCAUCCCCGUGCACGGAGGUCCCGGGGUGGGCGGCAACAACGUGGCGGCCGUGCUGCCCGUGCUGGAGCAGCUGUUAGAUGGUCACCCCUCUCGCCACCGUCACCACCGCAAAAACACCACGGCCGGCGACGACGCCACCGCAUCAAAACUCUACCUGUGCCACCGGCUGGACCGCGACACGACGGGAGCGCUGGUGUUGGCCCGGAACGCCGAGGCAGCCGACGCCGUGGCCUCGCUGCUCAGGGAGCGGCGCGCCGAGCGCACCUACUGGGCCGUAACGGUGGGGGUGCCGCAGCCCGCCCGGGGCGUCGUAGACCUUCCCGUGGGCGAGCGCAAGCACGAGGGGCCCGACGGAGUCACCUACCGCAUGGCCGUCAUGCCGAGGUUCCACUACGUCGACGCCAGCAAUGCCCUCGUGAGAAGGCGACUGCCACGGGGAGCCCGGAUGGCCGUGACGCAGUACCGCGUGUUGGCGGAGGGCGCGGGAGGCCGCAGUGCGCUGGUGGAGCUGAGACCUCUCACGGGACACAAGCACCAGCUACGCGUGCACCUGGCGCUCGGGCUCGGCACCCCGGCGCUCGGAGACCACAAGUACUCGCCAAGGCGCCAGGGCCAGGGACUCGUGCCGCAGCGGCUGUCGCCAGCACUUCUGCGCAAGCUCGGACUCGCAAGUGGGCAGGAGCGGCCGGCGGCAGGAGCCGCGCGCCGCGUGCCCCUGCACCUCCACGCGUGCCGCCUGGUGCUGCCGGGCCUGGGCCACGGCAGAGAUCCCCUCGUGGUGCAGUGCCGCCCCCCGAAGCUCUUCAUGCAGAGCCUCAAGAAGCUGGGCAUCCAGCUCCCUGAGGUGGAGGAACAGGAGGAGACCUCCCAGUAGGGCAACCCCCCCACAGUGCCCUCAGCACAAGUGGAGAUACUGAUGUCGGCAUGGGGUGGUGCAUCCAGUUCCUAGCGCACCGUACAGAAUGGUGGAUGAUCCAGCACCCACUGGUUCACUCUAUUUUCACUCUUACUGCAGUCUCUCUGCUAUUGCUACUAGCCUCGUCCUAUUGUCGUAUACUUCACUCAGUGCUUCCUCCACCCAUGCUGAGGACUAAAAGGCUGAGAGUUUAGUUUUACACACACUGUGUUCACCACAUAGCAGGUAAUAAUAACACACCAACCCGCUCACCCACACAGCAAUUCACCCUCCCAUAGGCUCUUUUCCCAAGUUCUUACAAUCUUGCCCAGUUAAAUAAACGUAUUAAACCUUAUCUAUUAUACCUUCAAAUUGUGCUGUCAGUUGUGGGACGCGUGGAGUUUUCGACCUUUGGGCCUGCGCUCGGCCACCGUGACUAAAACAUCGUACUGCCUGCAUGGCCAAGGUGGUCGGGUGACUUGGGAGGCCAGGGUGUGGUAUCGGUAGUAGGGUGCGGAAUGUUACAUUCUUCUCAGUUGACUGGUGUAAUGAGGACGAGUCCUCCACAAGAGCCAGCCAACAGCUAAACAUACAGUCAUCAUUAAAUGGUUGCGGUGGCCGGAUGGCUCAGAGGUCAGCACUGAGACAGCAAACCCAAGAACCUGGGUUCAAAUCCACGAUUUCAGCUGCCUGGAAUGAAACCGAUUUCUCAGGUGUAGCAAGUUGAUAUUAUCAGCCCCAUUAACCAAUGAUUUAUACAGUCCCAUUUGAAAAACAUAUUGGCUGAAUUCCUAUGGAAAUUGUAAAAUAAAUCUGUCAUGUAACAAUCAUUUCCCAGGAGCAGAGUUUGAGAAAAGGGUGCCUCCUCCUCGUGUGUGGGUACCGGGGUCUUAAAGGGAUCUUGGAAGUAUGCCGAGCAAAUUUUUUUAGCCCAUUCUCUUGAACUGGGUGAUUCACUGCUCACUGAAAAUUCCAAGCGGAUACUCCGCCCCAUGACAUGCUGCCCAUAGCACAUUUGGAAUUAUAUUGCGAAGAAUAGACUUGUGCGUUCUGUUCAUGGCGUCGUCGUGUUUACUAUGCAAAAAAUAAAACUUUAUACUUGAAGCU